GAAUCCGGCAGUCAGUCACACUGGUGUGUGUAGCGGCGCACAUGUUCAAUGUUUUGAUCAGAUAAGUGUUUGAUGCGUUUAGAAACUUUGUGUUAAUUUAGUGAAUAUGGCAAAGUUAAUUUUAAAUAUGUUGCCUGUCAUGGACAUCGACGAUAAAUCUGGUGAUGAGCCGAGAGGAGUUAAACGAAAGAUUGCGCUGUCCAGCUGUGAGAUCUGUGGAUCUGAGGAGGCCAAAUACAGAUGCCCAAACUGCAUGAAACACACCUGCAGUUUGGCCUGUGUGAAACAGCACAAGAUGUUAUCUGGAUGUCGUGGUGUUCGAGAAAAGGCGGCUUUUGUCCCAAUCGCUCAGUUUAACGAAAUCAACAUGCUCAACGAUUAUCGGUUUCUAGAGGACACUGAUCGAUUGAGACAGCGGUCCAACAGAGACGCACUCCUGCACGCCAGUCGCCAACAUCCCAAAGAGGGGAAGUGGAUGAUGAGGAAAGCACGAGCGGCCAAAGUCACACUGAAGUUUCUGCCAAAAAUGUUCAGCAAACAUCGCGAGAACCGCACCAUCUUCAGAAAAGCGGAUGGACGAUUGCACUGGCAUCUGAAGAUCCAUUUCCCUCAAAGCAAUGCGGUUUAUUCAGAGAGAUUUCCUGAUAACACACAGCUCAUUCAGAUUCUCAGUGGCUUCAUCCAUCCCUCAGCAUCAGAUCCAAUCAAACGCCAAAAGUUGAAAGUCUACGUUCACGCGCCUCAGGAGGACAUCAGAGUCUUUAUGAAGUCAGAGGAGACGCAACCAAACUCACUCAGGUAUCUCGAGCUGGCCCCAAAGAAAAGUCUGGGAGAAAACCUGAUGUAUAAGACCGUCGUGGAGUACCCAGAACUCUUUGUGGUUCUGAAACAGCACAGCCAAGAGUACCUCACUCGCACACUGGAGCGUUCCAAUACUGCCCAAGGUGUUGCAGACAUCUCCAGAACUUCAGCUACCAAAGCAGACCCGCAUCCUGAAACACUUGCGCGGGUGGCGAAGAGGUCCAAGAUCAUCUCGGAUGAUGUUGAGUUUGAAGAUGGAGAGAUCCGAAGCGAAGAAGAAGAAGAGGAGGAUGGAAGUGACAAGGAACAUAAUGGUGUCAAUGGUGACCUCAAGAAAACUGACAAAGACGACGAAGAUCAUAAUAGUAAUGCUGAAGAUGACCGCAAUGAGGAAGAGCGUCGAGGAAACCAAAGCCACCAUGAUGGACUCGAGAUGAAGCCCAAGGACCCUCUUCCUCAAGAUUGUGUUGAGGAUGCAGAGCAAGAUGGCCGCUGCAGUAAACCUCAAUAGUAGAACUGAAGAAAGGGCAAUUGUUUCUCAGGGUUUUGGAGAAGACUUCGAGCAGUGUUGUUGUCAGUUAACAUGUUCGUCCCAUUUCUGGUGUUGAUGAUUCUGUCCAGAUCCAUACGAGGGAGUUGGAUGUCAGAAGCUCGCUACAGCGGCUUAUCUGUGAUGGCGUGUGUGACGGUAGUGGUUAUGCUAGCAAUCGAACUGCCCGUGAACUUAGCAUCUGAUAACAUGAGAUAAUACCAGAUAAUGUUUUAGCACUGACAUCAGAUAAUGACAGACACAAUAGUUGUUGCCAAGGCGAUAACGGAAUGUUUUGGUGAGCGAUGUUAUUUUAGUUCUGAUAAGCUUUAUCAGAGAUGUCACAAUGUGUCACUGUGUUCAUGGAGACACAAACUGAUAUUCUACAUCACACUGAAAGAUGCGUUGCUGUUGUUUAACUCUAUUGUGUGCAUUCUAUUGCCUUUGAUGUACCUGAGGAGAGAAUAUUAAAGAGUUGCUAUAACAGUUUAAAGGUUGUUAUGUACUUCUUGCCAUGGUAAACUUUGCAUGAAUAGCUCGUGCAUAACUUGCGUGUACACUUAUUUUUUUUUAUCAUGUAAAAUCACUCAAUUGUGCAUUUUGGGUGGGUUUUGGGGUAUUUAGCCCUGAAAAUGUAAUUUUUAUUUAUUUUUUAAACAUUUCUCAAAUACUGAAGCAAUCCUCUCAAAUGAUAUACCAUUUACAAAACGAAACGGAUGAAAUUACAAGUAGAACCACUAGAUGGCGGCAGAGAGCUACAUAUUGUUCCCUGGUUGGAGAGAAAAGUUUAGCAUUUUGUUCGAGGUUAUAUUCAUCGGUUUAUGCAUGCCUGAACACCUUGUGAUUAUAGAAAAAAUAACUCCUGUUAAAAGCUGCUAAGUAAAAAAAAAUUAUGAUUUAACCUGUAUCUCGCAUGCAAAGUAAAAAACAAAACGAGCUGAAAAGCUUCAUUAACACUUCUA